UCCAAGGACUCCUUGGGGCGGUUGAGAAGCACCUCGUUGAUGGGCCCUGAUGGCACAGCGAAGGCGGGGACGCCGUGGCGGCCACCUUCUCCUCGGCCUGGUCGGCGUCUUUGGCGCGAUGCGGCUGAUGGCUGAGAGGAUGGAGAUCGGCUUCGCGGGGUGGAAGAUGGAUUGGAUGGGUCUUGGUCCUGGAGCGCUCCCUGAGGCUGCGAAUAAGGACGGGCGGUUCGCUGGUGCCACAUGCUGCGACGGCAAAGACUGUUGCAGUGAGACUCUUGCAAGCAGUAGGCGGCAUGAGAUCCUUUGUGAUAAGCAUUGUGCUGGUCCUUCCGUGGGCAUCGGUGGGGCUAAGAUGGGCUAAGUAAGUUGUGCAAGUUGAUUCAGGACCAACUUGAUCUGAUUCCCUCGGCACUUUAGCAGCGCACCACCUCCCUCCUUAGUCUCCCACCUAAAGCAAUAUGGACAACCCACUUAGCAGCUUCCCCCAAAACCAACACGGCAACCCACAAGCCAUGGGCUCACUGUAUGUAUACUGCAUUUUUUUGAUCACCAAGUCGUCGCAAUGCCAAUGUUGGCACCACAGUUGGCGUUGGACGACUCGCUCCUGGAUUCCCCUCAAUGGCUUUGUCUGGAGGCCCGGAAGACCGCGACGUCGCCUUCAUGGAGCGUUUGCGCUGCCUGGCGCGGGAGGCGCUCAGCUGGGCUUGGCUCACUCCGCGGCAACGGCUGGUGUGGGCUGCGGCCAUCGAGCUGGAUGCGGUGCCUUUGCAGGAGCUUCCACCGUCGUUCUGGGAGCGGCACAACGUCACUCUUAGGCAUCCAGGCGUCGACCUGCUGAGCCUGGACGGCCGCCGGGCCGUGCGGUGCAUCGAUGGCAUCGACGACAUCGACAUCGUUGAGGACACGGAAAGCUUCGUCCAGGUGGCGCAAGAGGUCUACAAGGUGCCAAGCUGCACGCUGGUGACUUCGACGGCCUCAAGAUUGUCAAAGCAGUCCCAAGCGUGGCUGCAGCAAUCGGGUGCUGAGCAUCGUGGUAUUUCAGAGAGAGAUCUGCAAAGGCUGGGUAGCUGCGAGCUCAAUGUCCAGUCAGAGCUGGUCAAGAGGACUCAAGGUUUAAAUCAGAUGUCUGUCUAUGUGAUGUGGACCAGCUGAUUGCGUGAAAAGAAUGUAAAGCGCCCAGAAUGGCACCCUACUUAGUUCUAUAUACUCCUACUUGGGACUUUGGGGUCGUUGAAUAUUGCUUGCACUGUGCAUUCUUGCGCUGCACA